AUGGUGGUCGCGUUGCUGUUCUUCCUGUGCGGUUGGAAAAUGUACAAGAAAUACCCACCCAGUCGCGAAAAUAUCGCCGGUGCAGUAAUUAGAUGCCUGUGGUUGGCUGGAACGCGAACCCUGCUCGGGCGCUCGACAAAGCCUGUGGCUCAUUGGUUGGAUCGAGCUGCCCCAGAAUUCACUCCAGAAAUGAUCCAAGCUGUGCGAUCGUUCGUCAACGUUGCCGUAAUCUUUGGACCGCUGGUGUUUUUCUGGGCUCUCUUCGAUCAGCAAGGCUCAACAUGGGUACUGCAAGCCCGUCGAUUAGACGGACGAAUUGGAUGGCUUACCGUACUCCCGGAACAGAUCAAUAUUCUCAAUCCGCUUAUCGUUCUCAUUAUGGUACCGGUGUUCGAAGGAAUCAUCUAUCCGUGUGCACGAAAGCUGUUCAAAGUGACACCUCUGCGGAAAAUGGCCGUCGGAGGACUCCUCACAGCAACGGCGUUCAUCAUGGCAGGACUACUACAGUUGGAAGUGAACAAAACGAUGGAGUCGCUCCAGCACCUGGUCGCGUCUACCUACAGCGCUCGGGUGUUUAACGUCCAGUCCGUCCACUCAUAUUCAACGGGCUUCGGUCACUCUGCAUCCUUGAUAGGUGAUCUGCCAACAGGAAGAACGGAGAUCGAUGCAGGAUUGUACAGCAUUCAGGCUGGAGAUCAGGUAGGCGUGUGUUUUCAGUUAUUUAUCUAG